CUUGGUUUAUGUUGACGAAUAGAGUUUUCGAAUGAAAAGUGCUCUCAUCGAUUCUUGUGAGUAAAGUUUUAUCUUCCCACACAUAAAACACCUCUCUUCUUUUCCCUCUUAUUUCUCAGCAUCGUCCUUUCACGCUCUUCCUUUUAACCCCAGUUCACCUCUUGAACAUGGAUUUCUCCAAGAUCCAUAUCUCUGCCGAUAACCCUGAUGUCCUUCCGACUCUGACAUAUGUUCUCGACAACCUGCAAGCCGUCGAGGAGCGCCAUGCAGAAAUUAACUCCAAGCCAACUGUUCCGGAGUAUGCGGUCUCCAGCUUCAACCACAAGUAUGCCACUCUCAACGGCUACAAGUAUCAUUACGUCGAGGAGGGAGAUCCCAACAACGAGACGCUGAUCCUCAUCCAUGGAUUCCCUGACUUGUGGUAUGGAUGGCGCUACCAGAUCCGCCACUUGGUCAAGCAGGGCUAUCAUGUCAUUGCUUUCGAUAGUCUUGGAUCCGGUGAAAGUGACCAUCCAAGGUGCGAUGGCGAUAACUAUGACCCGUACCGUGCCAAAAAUCUUGCUUCCAACCUGAUCGCGUUUUUGGACCAAAAGAAUCUCGACAAGGUGGUCUGGAUUGGCCAUGACUGGGGUGCCAUUCUCGUUUGGAAGAUUGGAAUGUACUACCCGGAGCGCUGCCUCGCCAACAUCAGUGUCGGAAUCCCGUACAGUCAGCCUACCUUUGAGUACGUCCCGGCGCAAGUUCUGGCCCAGCACUUUCCUCAGUUCAGAUACUUUUGCCUGUUCCAAACCAAGGAGCCGGAUACGUGGUUCGAAGGCGAUCCCAAGAAAUUCGCAACAGCCAUGUUCAAUUCUGUUUACGGCUCGGGCAUUGGUACAUCGGUGCAAGAGAAACAAUUUUACAUCGACAGCUUUUCACAAACCACCUUGCACGGCGCUAUCAACUACUACCGUGCCGUCCCAUUCAAUCAUGAAGACGAGCUACCUUUCGUCGGCAAGCCCUAUACGGUUCCUUCUCUUCAAAUUAUCAUUGAAAAAGACCCUGUGGUGACUCCGGCGCUGAUGUCUUUAUACAAGACCGACACUGCCGUGAACCUGGAGAAAGUCUCGAUCUCGGAAGGAGGCCAUAAUGUCCACACCGAGAAUCCUGAAGGCCUCAACAAGGUCUUGGAUGAUUACCUGGCCAAGGUUUUCGAUAAGAAGAAUUAGCCGUAGGCUAGACUAGUGAAGGAGCAGGAAAAACAGGGCGCAAUAGAGCAACUCAAUUGGGUUGGCUACAAUGAGCUGCUGUGCGACCGCUCUCGUCUCUUUGAAAGCAUUUUGUACACCCGUUCUUGCAUCGAGGCGAAUGGUUACUCCGUCAGAAACUCCUGUUGACAGCACGGAAGAAAAGCAGGGAGCCCAUUGAACGAUGGGCGCAAUAAAAGAUAAAAGUUCCUUUCUUUCCCUUUU